GACUGCGGUUAAAGGGGCGAUGCCCUCCGGACUGUGGGGCCCACCGGGCGCGGACAGGGAACCGAGUUGCGGACGCAGAAAGGCACGCAGGACACCGGCCCUCGGGAGGGUUACGGCGCCGGAGGAGCCGGGCCGGGGACAGGAGGGGGGGUGGGGGCGGGCCCUGGAGGGGACCCAGGCCCCGGACCCGCGCACGUCGCCGCCGUCGGAGGCGCGCCCAGGGGGCGGGGCCGUCCGUCGCGGCCCGCCCAGGGGUGGUCCCCGCCCAGGCUCCGCCCCCGGCCGCGCGCGGCGCGCAGGCUCCGCCCCUGACUCCAGUCAGCGACACCCUCUCUCUCUGCCGCGCGCCCUCCCCGGCGUUCUAGAAAGCCGCCGCGCCGCCGCCACCUCAGCGCCAAUGAGGAGACUCGGUCCAGCCGCCCAGCCCAGGCCAGUGGUGCAGGGAGAGGACGGUGCAGACGACCUCAUCCCCUUCGCCAAGUGCUCCAGGGUGGUCAGCCGACCUGCACCACCCCGCCUGCCUUCCCAGAGCCUCACGCUGAUGCCCCAGCGGUAUGGAGACCUCUUCUGGGAGAGCCUUAGCCAAAGGCCCAGCCCCACCUGGACGGAAGAAUGGCACAUCCCUCCCUCGCCGAGAGCCACUGGUUGCUCCCAGCCUGGCCUGUACCCCCUUGAGAGGCUCCCACCCCCUGAAGUGCUUUGCAGAAGAAAGAGAAGGAGGCCACAUUUGGCGGGAAUGCAGCAGGGACCUGCGGGCAUCCCAGCCCAGGUGAGGGCUGUCACUUAUCACCUGGAGGAUCUAAGGAGGCGACAGAGAAUCAUCAAUGAACUGAAGAAGGCUCAGUGGGACGUCUCCGGGGCCGCACCUGAGCCCCUGGCACCUGCCACUGCCGGCUGCGGAGUCCCCAGCGCCACCGAGUACCCGGGUCUGGAAGAGGCGAGGGCUACCUAUCCACAGGAGGAGGGCCACCCUGUCACCACUGGCAGGACCCAGCUGCUCUGGUCCCCCUGGAGACCCCUGGGCUGGGGGGGGUCUGGUGUCCCCAGACGAUUGGACUCUCUGGCCUCCUACAGCGCUGUCCCAGCGGGCAGGAACCGCCUCCGCUCCCCCUGGGGCAUGGAGGUGCAGUCUGCGGAGUAAGGAGGAACCCCCAGGCCCUAGCCUCUCCCAGCGACCUCCCCGCGCUCGGCACUGGGCGCUAACAGCCCCCUUGGCCGCCCGUGUCAAGCCACCCCCCAGGGCUCCGCACGGCCUAUCGCCCCCCCCCCCGCCCCCAACCGCCCGCCCGCGCUGGCUGGCACUGUGUUCUUUGCUCUGCUCGGGUAUUAAAAAGCAAGCGCGUUGA